UUCAGAGUCGGUUCGACCCAUGCGCGUAUCCUCUUUGGUCGGGUCAUUAAACUCUUUAUUCUCGCCGGUGCAAGGAAAUCUCGGAUCAAAGUAAUGGCGGUGGACGUUCCUAACACGCCUGAGACGAGUAUUACGGGCGCGCCAGGGGAGGACGUCCAAGUCUCUCCUUGCUGUCAAGUGUGGAAAAAUAAAUAUUUGAAGGUAGAAAAGGGGCGAAUGUGUCUUAAGCAAGCAGUGCGCCUACUCGAAAAAGAAUGUGAUAAUAUUCAAGCCCAGAAUUUGAAACUCAAGAAAGCAUAUGAAGAUGAGCAGGCACGAGCUGAGGUGGAGAAAGAGGGCAAAAAAACGGAACUGGCUUUAAGAGGCUCAUUAGAGAAUGAGUUAUCUGCUCUGAAGUCUGAGAUAUCCAACUUACAGCAAAAAGGUGAUUCAGAUGUUGAGCAUAAAUUUGAAGAAAUAAAGCUUCUUGAAGCUAGUCUUUCGGACAGGGAGAAAGAAAUAAGCUGGCUCAAGGAGCUUGUUGAGAAAGAGAAGAAGAGGGCAGAUCUGGAAAAGAAGAAAGCUGCUGAAGCUGAAAAACAUGCAGACAUUGUGAAGAGUAAGGCUGGUGAAGAACGAAGGCUUGCUGAUAUGGAACGAAAGAAGGCUGAGGAUUAUAGAACACAAUUGGAGGCAUUAAGAGAAGAAGUUAGAGAAGCAAAGUCCAAAUUGGUUUUUGAGAAGUCAAAGUUUGAUGAAGCAACUAAGCAGCUACAGGAAGAAACAAGGAAGGUGGUUGAAGAAAGAAAAGGUGCUGAUUCGGAGAUGGCUAAAGCAAAGGAGCAGAGGAAGUUUGUCGAAAAAUCUAAGAAAGCUGUUGAAGAUAGAAAAUGUGCUGAUCUGGAGAUGGCUAAAGCACAGGAGGAGAGGAAGGUUGCAGAAGAGAUGAAGAAGAAGGCUGUUGAAGAAAGAAAAUGUGCUGAUUUGGAGAUUGCUAAAGCACAGGAGCAAAGGAAGACUGCAGAAGAAUUGAAGAAGAAGGCUGUUGAAGAAAGAAAAUGUGCUGAUUUGGAGAUUGCUAAAGCACAGGAGAAGAGGAAGACUGCAGAAGAAUUGAAGAAGAAGGCUGUUGAAGAAAGAAAAUGUGCUGAUUUGGAGAUUGCUAAAGCACAGGAGAAGAGGAAGACUGCAGAAGAAUUGAAGAAGAAGGUUGUUGAAGAAAGAAAACAUGCUGCUUUGGAGAUGGCUAAAGCACAGGAGCAGAGGAAGAUUGCAGAAGAGUCGAAGAAGAAGGUUGUUGAAGAAAGAAAACAUGUGGCUUUGGAGAUGGCUAAAGCACAGGAGCAGAAGAAGAUUGCAGAAGAGAUUAAGAAGAAGGCAGUUGAAGAAAGAAAACAUGCUGAUUUACAGAUGGCUGAAGCGGAGGCGCAAAGGAAGAUUGCAGAAGAAACCAAGAAGAAGGCUGUUGAAGCAAGAAAAUGUGCCGAUUUUGAGAUCGCUAAAGCGGAAGCAACUAAGAAGAAAGCUGUAGAAGAAAAGUUGCUUGCUGACAAUAUGACCAAACAGCUGGAAGAGGCUAGAAGAAGGAAUGAAGACCUAGCGAAGAAGUUACGUGGCUCAAGAGAUUUGGGGAAGGAUCCUUUUGACCAAGCAGAUAGAAAUAUUGGUGCUGCAGCUGCAAAAAUACAGAAGACUGCGGAAAUGGGGGUGUUGAAUGUAGAAGACGAUAAGUAUAGGGCAGUUUUUGAAUCUUUGCAAUUUGAGAAGGCUGAGAAAGAGAAGGCUAUUAGUGAGAAAAAGCCAGCAGAUUCAAAGAUGAGGAAAGCACAAAAUAAAAGAAAGCUUGUAGAAGUGAACACUAAGAAGGCUAAGGAAGGAAAACAUUGUGGCGAUCAUAUGUUGAAGCAGUUAGAAGAUGUUAGGCUUAAGAUUAAUGAACUGCAGAAGCAAAUGCAUGAACUCUCAUCUGCUAGAAAUAUGGUUGACAAGUUGGUUGCUUCUUCUGCCAAAUGUAUUAGUGCUGAAGUAGAAGUAAAGCUUUUGAAAAAACAACUGAAAUUUCAAAAGAAAAGAGUAAAGCAUGCAAUAGAUGUGGCUAGGUUGGAAAAAGGCCAUAGCAAUCUCUUGCAGCAAGAACUAGGUUGCAUGAAGCUUGAGUUAAUUCAAUUUUUGAACCGCUUGGAUGCGCUAGAUAAAUGUUUCUCAACCCCUUCUGAAGGUAUAGAUGAGAUGGGAAAGGGUGGAGAUUUUGGCAGUAUGCAACGGUCAAAGUUGAAAAAGACUUUAUGCAGCCUAAACUUACGUCAAAAAUGUCUUCAAACUGAACACCAACUGCUGAAGUCUAGGUGCAUGGAUACACCUCCAUUCAAUCCUCUUCUGGAAACAGUUCAACAUGAUACACAUUUGCAUCAUAUGCAAGGAGGGGACGGUACUGAAACCUUAACAGGUAUUACUUCUAAAUUGGAGUCUCUGCUUGGAGGCUCUAAUCGAAAAAUGUUACAGAGUUCUGCAAUAAGUUCCAGUACAGCAUCUUUUUCUGAUAGACAGUUGGUGGGCUCACAGGAAAGGGGUGCUUUUUCUGUUACCACAUCAGCAAAACUGAGUGAAGAAAACUUAAAUUUACAACCAACUAUUUCAAGUAUGUCUGGAGGAGUUGCAAAAACUAGGGGCAAUGAAAAUCUUGCUGUGGUUGAUGAAAAUAAUAUGAGAAGUUCUCUUCCUGUUGGUCUUCUUGGAGGAGUUCAUCACGGUAUUAAAAAAAGGAAAAUGAUACUUGAUGCUGUUGAAUCUAUUGAUCAAUUUUGCUGUGAGAGUAAGCAGUUGCAUCUACAGCUUGAGGAGAAGCUAUCUGUUUUGCAUCGUAUGGUAGGACAAAUGGACAAACCCAGAGAGGAUGCAAAACAUGUUAGACCUGACCUGCAAGAUAUUGCUUAUCCUGUGCAUGAUAGGUUUCAUAAGAAGAGAAAAACAUAUCAUGAAGAGACAGUAGCUAUGGAGCAAUCUUGUGAUGGUCUGCAGAUGAAGCACAUACAAAGUUGCCCUGAACAAUUGUUCAACCCUGACGUAAUUGACCCCAAAAUUAUGGUUGGUUUUGAGGAGGUAAUGAACAAAAACUAUAUGAAAUUGCUGGAUUUGGACAAUGCUGCUGAGGAGGAAUAUUAUAGGAUUGCAGUAGAAAUGCCCAUAUCACCUACACUUCCUGAGAUAGAAUUUCCUGGCAUUGAAACAUUUGAGGCAAACCAGUUUAGACGUUUACAGGAUGAGGUUUGUGAAAGAUUCUCUCAUGAAAAUGAAAAUUUUGCAUCUUCUGACAGUGGUGGUGUUAAGAAUGCCGAGAAUGUUUCCAACAAUUUGCAGUGUAAUAGGGUGGGCACUUCACCUAAAUUAUUACAUCAUGAGAACGAGUGUUCUUAUUGUUCUUUUGACAUUCCAAGGAGUAAUGAGAAUGGUUUAUGCAGUACAAUGCCAGCUGAAAGAGCCUUUUUAAGCCACUCCCGAAACUCUGGAGUAGUAGUGGAGAUGUCAGUUAUUCCUAGUUCAAGUGAUAGACUGGCAGGCAUUCCAUUUGAAAGUGAAACUAGAUCAACAAUUGAAAGUAUCCCGAAAUAUUGUAUUGUGUUCUCUAACAUCAAGGAUGAUAGCAGUGUAUCUAGGAUUGUUUGUGCAACUAAAACUUGUAUGGCUCAUUGCUCUUUACCUGCUCAGACAGAGUUUGUUGUGCAUAGAAUUUUACAAGCUCUUAAACAGGAAGAACAGCUUUCAUCCAAGGAGAAGGCGUGUACAUUUUUCUCACUGGUACUUCUCAACUUCUGUAAAGCUACUUCGGGGAAGUGCUCUCUUAUUAGGGAUUUCAUUCCCUGCUUAAAUCUGUUUGCCAAACAUAUAAUUGAAGUGGUAUCUGAUGCUGAGCCUAGAAGUGUAUUGUCUGAAUUAUGUUUGGGAGAUCUGCUUAGUGUAAUUGAGGGUUUUCUUAUAGAGGGGAGAGUUAUUUCAUGUACUAAUCUGUCUUCUGAGACUUCUGUUGAAUAUGAGUCGGGAAUACAUGUUACCGUUGAUGGUUUGGAUGUAAUAUUUUCAUAUGAAGCUGCUUCAGCUGACCUGUUGGUGGGAGGUAGCAUUAUAUUGGGUUCAAUAUGUACAGCUGCUGGCUCUGUUAGCUUUUUGUGUGAGGCUGUGUACAACAUUUUCCGGAUGCAUAGGUAUGAUACCUCGGUGGUUCUGAUUAUUCUUCAUGUCUUUGCUUAUGUGGGUGGCGAUAAACUUUUCACAUUAAGAAACUACAGUUUGACAAUGACUGUAUUAAAAUCUGUAGUCAUGUUCCUUGAAAGGGAACGUGCAUCAGUAGCUACGUCAACUCUUCCGUUGGUGGAUGAUGUUCAACCUCAGUUCCCUGCAUGUGUUGGCUGCCCAUUUUCUAAGGAUGCCCUUUCUGUAGAUACUGUUGUUUCAUUACUCUUUGCAAAGCUUCAAAAUUUUGCCCGGUCAGGCUUUUUGUGUCAAGAUCUAACAUCCAAUUCAUCAAAUUCAAGUUCCAGAUCCACUGAGGAUGAAGCUGAACAGAAUUUGACCUGUGUCCUUGAUAUUAAUUGUGAGGUUCCCUGUUGUUUAAACAUGUACAGUUCAACAUGUAAAAACUCAGGAUCAGUUGGCACUGGGACUUUGUGUGACAUCAGUGAUGUCUUAUCGUUAAUGGAGCUGCUUGCAUGCAAUAUGAGCUGGGACUGGACAUGCAGGAAAAUCAUUUCUCAGCUGUGGAGCAUGUUGGAGUCAUCUUUCAUUGGGAACCUUAGUGUUGCUAUUGUUAUUCUUCUCGGUCAACUUGGGAGGCUUGGAGUUGAUGCUGUUGGAUAUGAAGAUAAAGAGGUUGAAAACUUGAGAGCCAAGUUAUCUGCUUUCUUGUGGCAGGAGACUACUAUUAGAGCAGGUCUUCCCAUCCAGCUUGCAUCCGUUUCUGCUUUGCUUGGACUUGUAUCCCUUGAUUUUAAGAAAGCUAGUCUGGAGAAUGGUAAUCUUCCAGGCAUGUCAGGUCAAUGUGUGCCUGCAGAUCUUUUAAGAAACUGGUUUCUUCAGUUGACUGAAGAGCAGCGAUCAAUGUCAAUUAGGCUUUUUUUCCAGGCUGUUGACUGAGAUAGUUGUGGUUGCAGGGGAAAGUUUCAAAUUAGGAUACAUGUAAGAAAUUUUGGUAACACUAUAGUAUUUGAGAAAUCAAAGUAGUUGUGGGACUUUGCUGCGCAAGUGCAUCCUACAGAUAUGAUUUUGAUAUGGUUGAAAUAAAAUAUGGGAAUUGGGGGUUUGUGGAA